CCUGUUGAACAGACUGGACAACUGUUUAGUGAGCAGACUAUUCAAAGGGAUGUAACAGACUUUUUUUCUGUGCUUAUUUGGACUUAAGUAGUGUUUUUUUGUUCUUUUACUGGGACUUUGGUCAUGUCUGAAAGCAUUGUGAGGAAGGUGCAGCCCUUUACCAUUGGGACAAGACUGUCAGUUCCCCCUGUGCCAAAAUGCCAGGAGUUUACACAGAAUUAUUUACCCAGCGAGACUUUGGAUAACUGCGUGUUACAGCACAACCUGAACUCGCUCUACCUCAGUAGAUCCCAGGUCUGUGCACAUGGCCCCUGUCUUGUCUCACCGAUUGUUAAACAGGCAGCCCCCGUGAAACACAGCCAAGAGCACAUGGCAGCAGAGGACCACCUGAACCAGAACGUUGCCUCUCCUUCUGCCGUCUCCAGGUCUAUUAAGAAGAUCACAAUAUCUGGGAGUACAGACAUAUCAGAGAGCAAGAAGGCAGCAGGACCAGCAAUGCUCUCAAUCACAGGCUCUUCAUCAGAAAACAACAAUAACAACAACAACAUUAGCAGCAAAUCAGAUCCACAUCUACCCAGGAUUGUGGGAGUGAGCUGUGAGAAUAUGCCAAGCUCUCAAUUAAAGGUUUUGCUCAGUAAAGACAGCAGUGAUGAAUGUCAGUCGGCUACCAGGGCGAAACUGAAUGGAGAGAAAUUUGUCCAGAUUUCAGUGCCAGAACUGAAGAAGAAAGAGCCUCCAAGGAAAGAAAGUUACCUACGCACACAGAAUGAAGUGUUGGCAGCUGCUACAUCCCAGAGUGACUGUUUCACUCAGCGCAACUCACUCUUCAACAAGGAAGUAUUACAGGCAGAGGCAUGGAUUAAAGGCAAGCUGCAGGACUUAAAGGAUGGAUGCAAUAUUCAGUACUGCCCCCUGCAGGACUGGGAGGAAGCAUCACAGACACUUCAGAGAGACCUCAAAGACUUUGAGAACACCCUGAUUCAACUUAACCAGAUGGGUGAGCAGUUGAUCUGCAAGCUGAACCCUACAUCUGAUCUGGUGAAGAAGCAGCUCAGCCAACUCAGGGAGCAGUGGCAGACCCUGAAACAGAUGGCCGCAAAUCAGACACGUGCCCUAGGUGGAGCCAAGAGCCUGCAGGAAUUCAACAAAAAAGUGGACAAGCUGGAGGCAUGGAUCAAAGAAAAGGAAGAGGAGCAGUCUCUGGUGGAUGCUCUAGGGGAAAAUGUUGACAAAAUGCAGUUGACCAGGAGAAUUUUAGAUUUAAAACAGGAUGAGCAGCUACAUAGAAACCUCCACGAAGAGAUCAACAACUUAGCCCUAAAACUGGAAAAGCAAGGGAAGACAGAUGGCAAAAAUAUCUCCAGCAGGAGGAAACACAUCAAUAAAAUGUGGUUGAAGGUCCAGUCUCAUCUGAAAAACUACCAUGAAAAUCUCCAUCUAGCUCUUGAAGUAGCUUCAUUUUACCAGCAGGCUGAUAAUACCUUGUUAGCUAUUAACAAUAUGAGGAAAAGCAUAUCUGCAUCCAAAGAGCUGGAAAGCUUUGGUGACAGAGAAAUACGAGACAUCGGUGGUCAAAUCAUGAUGUUGGACGUGACUGUGUCUCAGCUGUCUAAUCUGCAUCCUGCCCUUGCUGCCAGCGUCACACAGAAGCACAGUGAAGUAAAGGACUGCUGGGCACUUCUGCAGAGGGAUUUUAGGAGUGACAGGACGACACUCUCUCUCUCUGGCUCCACUUUCACCAGGGAAGAUGCUGACCUCCUGACACCCACCCGAGAAGCCCAGUGCAACAUGGGAACUGAGACACAUGUGAUCAUGGGAAAGGAGGUGAAGGAGGAGCAGAAUCGUCUGAAAGGCUGUGUGAGUAUUGUUGACAGUGAGAAUGGUAGGCGAGCUCAGAGCAGCCAAAAUCAGGAGCAGCAAUCAGAGAAGAACGCCUCCUCCCCAAAGAGAGACGGCUCAUCCUGCAUAGAUGAUGCUGUCGUAAGACAUCAACUGAAGUGGGAAAGCAGGAAGCCCAGAGCUGAGCCCAAGCUUGCGACUGCCACACGAGGCCACCCACAGCUUCACAUUCAGCUCCAGAAGUUCACUGUGUCUGCUGACAAGACAUUGUCCUGGCUCAAAGACAAUGUGUCCAUGGCAACACAGGUGUGUUCAAUAGCCAGCUAUGAGGGUCUGGAAGCAGCCAAGAGAUGUCAACACACUCUUGAACAAGAAAUCCUGAACAACAAAGCUAGGAUAGAGGUGGUCAAAAGGGAGGGCCACGGGCUGGUCCGUGCGCAGCACCCAGGCAGCACUAAGAUUGAGGAGUUUCUCAGCCAGCUGGAAGUUCUGUGGGAAGAACUGAGAAGGAGGCACCAGAGGAAUGCCGUGUUUCUGCAGGCUUCGGAGGAGCUGGGCUUUAGAAUUGUGAAAGUGCUCCAAGCCCUUGGCAGCCUGGAGGCCUGGCUGGAGUCUGUGGAGCUUUCCAUGAAGGAGUCUGCAUUAGCUGGAGACCCUGAAACAAUGAGCAUGGCUGAAAGGGAGAGCUGUCUGCUGGAGAAAGAGGUGACAGCACGCAGCCUGGAGCUUAGCGCUCUAAGGCGGGAGGUGGACCGCCUUCAUGGCCACAGUCACCCACAUACUCAAGGACUGCCAGCGCGCAUGGAGGAGGUGGAAAGAAAAUACCAUCGAGUCCUAAGUGCCCUGACCCAGCAGAGCUCAGAACUGCAGGACACACGCAUGUUGACUGAGUUCCUGGAGCGUGUGGAGUUGGAGGAGAGUCAAGAGCUCAGUGGUCCAUACAGCCUCAGCCAGCCUCUCCACAGUGAAAUUUCCUCAGCUCCUACUCUGCUUGAACUCCAAAGUAGUGGUAGUGGUGAGCCGUUAAUAGAAACAAUGGGGGACCCUGUGGAGGAACUCCGAGAGGCUGUAGAGAUGCUUAAUGAUACUGUGAGAGAAAGAGGUCGAUCUCAAAGCCAAGACAAGCCCAUCCAGGAGCUGCUGAGCAAGCAUGCCAGCGUGGCAGUGCAUGUGGAGGAGUGCUUAUGCUACAGCAAGGAACUAAGUCUGGACAUCCUGGAGAAGGAGACAGACAUGGCCAUGCAGUGUGAACCAGACCGAUGUGGUGUAGAGGCUCUGCAGGAGAAACAGGACCACCUGGAGAUUGACUAUGAAGUCAUCAGGGAGGAAGUAAAGGAGAUGGAGAACCAGGCUCAUCGGUUAAAGGAGGUGUGCCCUGAGAGAAUGCACCUUCUCGGGGCAAAGAUUCAGGUUACGCUGCAGGCCUGGAGCGACCUGGGAAAUUGUGUGUCAGAGAACAAAUCACGUCUGCAUGAGUUUGUGCAGCUCCAGGACUUCUUCAGGAGCUACCUUGCUAUGAUCUCAUGGACAGAAGACACCAGGUCAUGCAUUUUCUCUGAAACUGCCUUGCAUCUUGGCAGAGAUGGGCAGAGGCCACUGGCGGCAGAGCUGGACUUGCAAAUUGAGCAAAAGUUUGAGGAAUUUGACAGACUGUCCAUAACAGGAAAGACUCUUUUCAACAAAGAACACCACCUCACGCAGAUGGUAAGAGAACGCAUGGAGGAACUAAGAAGCAUGCUCGGAUGGAUCUCAGUACACUGGAGGGCUCAGAAACAACAGUGGCUACACAAAAAGAACAGACAUGAGCUUGUGCAAGAUAACAUUUACUCUGAGGCAGCAAUGUGCCCUUCAGUGACAGAGAGUUCAGCUCCUGAGCUUGAGGCCCUGCAGUCCCAACUGGCCCAAGUCAUCAACACUUGUGAAGACACAAGAAAGGCAGCAACAGAUAGCUGUCCCUCUCCCCAGCAGUCCAAACACACUGAGCAGCAGGAGGAGAAGCAGUCAGAGGAUGGGUAUGAGAUCAUGAACAGUAUUGGACCCCUGGGUGAUCAUCCAAAGGCAAACAUCAUGGUGCUCAAGGAGAACAGCAGCCCCCCUUUGGGGGGAGCAGUCAACCUCAUCUUUAGCUUUGGUAACCCUGGUGACAGCCAGGUGCAGGUGUUUGACCCGCCUGUUAAGACGGAUGAGAUAGUGGAGGAGACCUCUGAGCCUGUCCACAGGUCCACUGUGCCUCAAUCUUCUGCCUGUAAAAACUUUUGGAGGCGCUGCCAGGGGCUUUUGGAAAAUACUUUGGGUAGUUUAAAGCGAAAGAAAAAGAUUUAUCGGCAAAGUGCAAAUGAGGUAAGUACCUACUUGCAUGUCAAGGAUAACAACCUGGCAGGGGCCCCUGUGUAUGAGAGUAUCACCCUUCCUCGCCAAAAGAGUCGCUCUGCGGCCUCAGGUUCCCCUACCUUAUUGCCAUACUCCUCCUCGCAAUCUUCACCAAUGCCUGGACCUCAGACCAACACCGUAACCUUCCACUCUUCAGCGGGCAGCAGUUCCAUCUUCAGCAGCCUCAAGAGGAUGGGCAAGAAGAGAAAGAGAAAGAGGGAUGCUCGCAGACACACUAUCCAGAAAAUCAUGGGAGUGGAUGAGCAAACUGAUGGGGUGAAACAUCAUGACAGUGAGACAUUCACAUAUGACACACGUACAUGGCCGCUGAAGGAAGUUCGAAGAAAGAAGAACACAUCAAAGAACAGAGAUGAGAUAGAAGCUAUGGCCUACAUGAAGAAUCCUCUGCUGAGAGAUAUUGACAGAGAGUGUUCAGGAGAGUAUAGCAUAUCUCCAUAUGCAGAAUCAGCAGGGCCGACCGCUUUACCCUCAGCAGGUCAGGUGAAAGGUCACUGCAGAUUCCUCUCUUUGGGCUCUGUGCUUAGCUUUGAUCUACCUAAGGACAUGACCCUCAUCCCAAGUAUUCAGGAUAUCAUUACUAUCGCUCCACCUGAGUCCAAAAAAGGAGGAGGGACUGAUCCAGACCCUCACUCCCAGAGACACACAGUACUGAGCUCCUUUAGACAGACACGACCCACACCUGCCAUCAUUCAGAGUUCAGCUGAAAUCAGCCCCUUUGAAUUACAGCAAUCGACAGCUGUAGCGAAGGACCAGCCUGAUGUGGAAAAAAGUUUCCAACUUCCACCUGCUUCUUCUGAAAAUCUGACUGCAUCAUGUGAUGAUGCAUCUCAAACCCAGUUCACUCACUGUGAGGAUGCAGAGCAGGACAAACUGUUGUCAGAUUUUAAAUCUAGUACAGCUGAAAAAGAUGCAAACACCCAACAUGCACAGCUGCCUAUUUAUGUUAACCAAACCCCAAACUGCACAGUCGCUCAUAAACAUGAGUGUCUCAGUGUCCAUACACUCAUUAGAGACCUGAAUGGACACCAGUAUCAUAAAUGUGCAAAAUCCCAGUGUGUGCUUGGAGAGUGUUCUGGACUUCAGUCAAGCCAAGCUUCUCAUAUGAGAGUAAAUCUGAAGUCAACUAUGAGUGUCAGUGUCCGUCAGGACUCUGUAGAUUCUGGCAUCUCCACCUCAAGCAGCUUUAAGCUUUGCACUGACGCCCCAUUUCCAGAGAAUAUUCAGCCUAAAGGAGUAGUGGGGAGGCUCAUAUCUCUGGAGGUGGGGGGCAUAGACUGUACCAAAACAAGAGAGAGCACUGUUACAUCAAGUCCAUCUCCAGACUCCACAGAGUCCGUUCACCUAGAUCACCAGCAGUUUGAGGAGGAAGAAGAAGAACUGGAGGACAUCUGGAACCAGAAAACAAACUACAGGCAGAGCAUCUGCUCAGACAUUAUGUACCAGCCCAACCAGGAAGACUUGCUAGCCUCAAACCAAGCUGGAGAGUCACUGUCCUGCUCACCUACAACUAAGAACCCAGCUGUACUUUACAGAAACUUGGUCACAGCGUCAGCACCAAACCUCCUGGUAGCUGAAUUCAAACUGCCAUCCCACAUUCAGAGCUUGUUGGGUUAUGAUAAGGAACAGAGGCCCAAAGAUCACCUUCCUCCACUGGCUAUAGGAGACAGGAGGUCCUGGGCAGCUUUUCCUAACAGGGAACCAGCCAGCAAGACUUCAGUGACAGUGAACGAGACUGCAUCUGAUCCUGUGAAGCUGCCAGAUGUUGGGGACAGUCAGAGAUACUAUUAUCAAUACAAAGAGGAGGAGGAAGAGGAGGAGGCAAAGGUGGGGGAGGAGGUGGAAGAGCACACAGGUUUCUUAAAGGACCAGUCCAUGAGUCUCCUGUCAGUUCAUAUGGGUUUGGAUAGGGAAAGUCAACAAAGAGUGGCCUCCCAACGCCUGGAGGAAACUGAGAAGUCAAGGGAGCUGGGGGCCACAGGAGGGCGCUGUUUCAUCCUGAGUGGAAAACCUGAGCUGCAGUCCAUGGAGGGGACCCUUGAGAGGAAGCACAAGCUGCAGCUGGGAGGAAAAAAAGCAGCCUCCAGAGGCUGGAACUCCUACCAUGCUAUCCUAUAUAGACAUACCUUGUGCUUCUUCCAGGACAGAAAGGAUACACUGCGGAGUUCUGCAUGUGGCCUUCCACUGAACCUCAUGGGAGCUGAGUGUUCACCUGCACUAGACUACACCAAAAAACCCAACUGCUUUCGUUUACGGCUCCGUGAUGGCUCUGAAUAUCUGUUUAAUACAUCCUCACGCUUUCUGAUGAAGAAAUGGAUCAUGAAAAUUCAAGCAAGCACAGGUCAUUGUGAGUCACUGUCUUCAACAUCAAGCAUCACUUCUGAUCAAGACCUCUCCAUGUCCUUAAAACCUUCAAUGUGCUUUGGAUGUUACAAUCAAGCCAGCUGUUGCUGCUCCUCUCGAUAUGACGUCGCUCACACGUUUCCCAGGCACAAACCACCAGGCAUCGCCCAAACCAAAGAAAUUGUUGUCCUCACCAGGGAGCAAAGCCACAUGCAACAGAGUCUCCUGAAAAGGCUGGAUGAACAGUCGGUCUUCUCAUCCUCAGAUGCAGGAUGCUGUGAUGAUGAUGAAGCUAGUUUAAAGCAGACAGUGACUCACACACUCCCUGAAAGAUUCAAAGACAACACUCCUUCCUCCCCUCACCCGCCUGUAUUCAGCAGUCAAGACUGGCUCAGCUCCAAGCACCGCUCCCACUCCUUUACAUCAGCAACUUACCAAAAGAUCAAACCCACGUUGCAAUCCACUGGAGGAAAAGGCCUGGAAAAAGGUUCCAAUUACUCUGUGACGCUGGUAGUCGGAGAAAAGCCAAAAGACAGCUCAUCAAUAAGCAGAAGCUCCGAGCCUCCACUGCUGGCCUUCGCUGGAUGGCAGCAGGACUCACAUGAGGACUCUCUGCGAAGCUAUGCAAGCCUGCCGCAGCCUCGCAACAAAUCCGUCUUCAAAAAGUUCUUUGGGAAAUAAGUUUAAUAAGUGUUGAUUUUAAUAAUUAAGGAUUUUUACAAAUAGUUUUUAUUGUGCAGUGCACAUAUUAGGCAAAAAUAAACAAAAUUACUGCUACUACUACUACUACUACUGACCAUAUUUAUGAUCAAAAGACCAACCACAGCUUUAUUUUUUAUGUGUUUUAUAUAAAUCAAUUCAAGGGAAGUUGUUUUGCUUAGUUUUAUUUUUAUUUUCAAGCCAAACUACCAGUGUGCACUGUGUUGUUGCAGGUUUGAUUGAUUUUAUCACCAGUCUUUUUUUUUUUUUCUUAUUCUUUCAACUGUUAUUGGGUCUGCAGUUUGCCUUCAGUCCAUUUACCAUUCAUACUCAGCCAAUACCCUCUUAUAUCCUCUGUUAUGACCAGGUGUUAAUAAUAUCCUGAGUGCAAAGUUUCACCUUAUCAGCUACAUAUCAGCAGUUUGAUACUGCUAAAACAUCCGUUAUAGCAAAGGCUAAAUGCAUAAUAAAAGAUACAAAACAAGAAUUUGCUUUGGGUGGGAUUAAAGAUUUAUUUUGCUGGACUGUUGUGGUGAAAAUGUUUCUUAUUCAAGCUU